AUGGACGUCAGAAUUCAGGCGGUUCUUGUGCUCUGUCUUCUCUCCUCACCGAUUUUCUCCCACGCGUCGCGCCCGUGGCGGGCAGGAACCUUGCUGCAGGACCCGCCGACACAGGAUACGUCGCGUUCAGAGUCCACCGAGCCGCUUGGUUUGAACGAGCUCCGGCCGGAAGCAGGCAACCGCGUCGUGGAAUCUGUCUCAACGGCUCUUUCGGCGUGGGACGACGACGACAACAACUUGAGCGCCACGGCCAGCGACGGCGCCGCGGCGGCGGCGGCAGCGGCUGCGGCGGCGGCGGAUGAGGCUCUUCGCUACUCUGAAGGCCCCGAUACGGAAGAUUCGAGCGAGGAUGGAGGGCUGGAGACGGAAGAAGACAACGCGAACGUGGUUGUAGCGGGGCAGAACAGCAUCGUGACUUUUAGCGAUGAAUCCUCGGAACUUGUAGCGGAAGAGAAUCCUUCGGUUGUAGCAGAGGAGAUCCCCACGGCUGUAGCGGAAGUCGCUGCGGCAGAUAGCGACGUGGAGGAACGCGACAACGUGGCUGUAGCGGGACAGAACACGGUCGUGCUUCUUGGAGAAGUAGCCGCUUCGGCUGCCGUUGGCGACAAAUCGAUUACAGCAGAGAUGGCGGAAGCUGACGCGGAGGAGAAAGCGGAAUUUAAGGCGGAGAUGAAGGCGGAAGAAGCGGCGGUGGAAUCUGCGGAGGGGCAGGACAUCGCGGCGGAGGUGGAGGCGGCGGCGGAGGAAGCCGCAGCCGCCGCUGCUGAGGCGGCGGCAGCUGUAGCCGCGGCCGCGGACGCUGAAACCGAGACGGCUGUAGCAGCGGACGCUGAAACCGAGACGGCUGUAGCAGCGGACGCGGAGUCUGUAGCGGGCGGCGAUGCGGCGAGCUCAGGCGGCAGCGAGAGCCCAGCUGACGGCGAAACAGGGAAUGUUCCUGCAGAGGGCUCUGCAACGGCGAGCGCUGAAGCGGAGAAUUCUGCAACGGAGAGCCCUGCAGAGUCCCCUGGAACGGAGAGUUCUGAGACGGAGAGUUCCACUUCAGCGGAAGCUGGAACAGCGGAGUCUCAUACCACUGAGGCAGCAGAUACGGAGGCGGAACAACCUGCAGACUCGAAUACCGGCACUGAAGAAUCCGAAUCUGGGAGCAUAGGGAACGAGAGCAGCACUGGCAGCGAGAACGAGGGCGAAAAUGAGGGUGCGGCUGCUGAUGAUGGUGUCACCACGAGGGCUCUGGGUGAUGGGCCGACGGCGGAAGAGAUUUUGCCGGAAGGAUCGGACGGAUUCGAAGAGGGGGCUACAGCUGUCGCCGUCCAGUAG